CAGACUUACAGCCGAAUCAGCAAAACAGCAUUUAUAAACAUUAAUCAUUCCGUAGUGCAUUUGCGUAGUAAUAGUUUUGCUUUUUCAGGUAAAUUAGAUAACCAAGCAGCUAUUCAAGUCGAGCGAGUUACUUCCGUGCUUCAUGUAUCCUCACGUGUAGCUUUACUGAGCUAGGCUUUUGUGUUCUACGGUACUUAGAGUUUACUAAAAGAGUUUACGGGCAGCUGUCUAUGGAUAAAACACCUCUGAGAAACACCUUAGAGAAUGAAACGCCAGAGUCCAGAGCUCCCAGUGCGGCCAGGCCAAUGAGUUCUGCACUGAAGGACAGAUUAAAAAGAGCUCGACGUUCUUUUACUUCCCCACUCAGUGUGGUUAAAAGACUUAAAAUUGAUGAGGACAAGUUUCCACAGGCUUCAAACAACGAGACGGCCCUGGGUGAUGAGUCUGUAAUUGAUGUCAACAGGAAUGAGACUGGAAGAGAAGACUGUGUGAAGAGCUUCGGGUCAAAUUGUGCUCAGACCUCUCAAUGUGAAUUACUUCAGCUUAGAGAGAAAUUAAAGAAAGAUGUUAAGGAAAAAUCUGAAACUUUACGAAGGCUUAAGAUGGUCAAAAUGUACAGAACGAAGAAUGACCUGACGCAGCUGCAAGAGCUGACAGAUAAGUGGAGGCAGUGUGCUCAAGCAGUGCUGUAUGAACUACAAACAGAUUUACCUACAGAUGGCCAGAAAACCAGCCUUUCCCAGCUCGUUGACUACUUUGGACUGGAGGACAGUAUACUUCACUUCAACAGGACGGAAGAGGAAUUCACUGACAGCUGAUGUCAGUAACUACCUGUUUAUAUGUUACCCAUGCUCAGCCUUAAGGUGUUUGAAUCUGCCUCUUAAAGGUUAACAACCUUAAUUACCACUGAAAACACAGAAAAUCAGUGAAUGAAGAUGAAUUUUGUUUAAAUGAAAUACCUCUGUAUUUGUGUUAGAUUUAUUCUACUGUUUUGCACUUUGCCAUUUCAAUCUGUGCUCUCGCUUAACUUGGAUGUAUUUUUGUGCCUGUUCCAUAUUUAGUUAAAAUGUAAUUGUAAAUAAAGAUAAAUAGCCUUCUUUA